GGCUGACGUCACGGCCCCGCCCCGCGGCUGAUGCUGCAGCGGCUCGGGCGGGCGGGGGGCGGCCGGGCGGGGACCGCGCUGCGCCCGGGGCCGCCAGGAGCCCGGCCUCGGACAGGGAUGCCUCCCGCCUCGACCCACAGGGACACGCAGCCACCCUGCUCACAAUGAUUCCCGCAGCGAGCAGCAGCCCUCCGGGGGACACCCUCUUCCCAGGCCUGGCCCCCCAGGACUUCUGCAGGGCUCAUGUCUCCAGCUACUCGGGGUCUGUGACCCGCCACAUCAGCCACCGGGCGAACAACUUCAAGCGACACCCCAAGAGGAGGAAGUGCAUUCGCCCCUCUCCGCCUCCGCCCCCCAACACCCCAUGUCCCAUCGAGCUGGUGGACUUUGGGGACCUGCACCCCCAGAGGUCCAUCAGGGAGCUGCUGUUCAAUGGCUCCAUCCUGUUUGGUGUCGAGUUCAGCUAUGCCAUGGAGACAGCAUAUGUGACCCCAGUGCUCCUGCAAAUGGGCCUGCCUGACCAGCUCUACAGCCUGGUGUGGUUCAUCAGCCCCAUCCUCGGAUUCCUGCUGCAGCCUCUGUUGGGUGCUUGGAGUGACCGAUGUACCUCAAGGUUUGGAAGGAGACGCCCUUUCAUUCUUGUCCUGGCCAUAGGGGCUCUGCUGGGGCUCUCGCUCUUGCUCAAUGGCAGGGACGUGGGCGCCGCCCUGGCCGACACGGCGUCCAGUCACAAGUGGGGCAUCCUCCUGACCGUGUGCGGGGUGGUGCUGAUGGACUUCAGCGCGGACUCUGCGGACAACCCCAGCCACGCCUACAUGAUGGACGUGUGCGGCCCGGCCGACCAGGACAGAGGCCUCAACAUCCACGCCCUCCUGGCCGGCCUCGGAGGAGGGUUCGGGUACGUGGUCGGGGGAAUCCACUGGGACCGGACCAGCUUCGGGAAAGCCCUGGGGGGCCAGCUCCGUGUCAUUUACAUCUUCACCGCGAUCACCCUGAGUGUCACCACCGUGCUGACCCUGGUCAGCAUCCCGGAGAGGCCACUGCGUCCCCUGGGUGAGAAGAGGACAGCCAUGAAGAGUCCCAGCCUCCCCCUGCCCCCCUCCCCGCCCGUCCUGGUGGAGGAGGGGGCCAGCGACAUCCUCCCCGCGCACACGGCCACCAGCCUGUACGCCAGCUUCUCCAGCCCCAUCUCGCCACCCAGCCCCCUCACGCCCAAGUACGGCAGCUUCCUCAGCAGGGACAGCUCCCUGACGGGCAUCAACGAGUUCGCGUCGUCCUUUGGCACGGCCAACAUAGACAACGUCCUCAUUGACUGCUUCACGGGGGGCCACGACAACUACUUGACCCUCCCCAGCAGCGUCCCCAGGCAGGCCAUCAGUGUCAGCUUUCCCCGGGCCCCCGAUGGCUUCUACCACCAGGACCGGGGACUGCUGGAGAGGAGGGAUGGGACCCUGACAUCCGGGCAGGACGGGGACCUGCUGAGGGUGGGCUCCCUGGACACCUCCAAGCCGAGGGCCUCUGGGAUCUUGAAGAGACCCCAGACCCUGGCUCUCCCAGAGGCGACAGGAGGAGGCGGCCCCGAGACCAGCAGGAGAAGGAAUGUGACCUUCAGCCAACAGGUAGCGAACAUCUUACUCAACGGUGUGAAGUACGAGAGCGAGCUGACGGGCUCCGGGGAGCAGGCGGAGCAGCCUCUGUCCCUGCGGCACCUCUGUGCCACCAUCUGCAACAUGCCCAAGGCGCUGCGCAACCUGUGCGUCAACCACUUCCUGGGGUGGCUGUCGUUCGAGGGGAUGCUGCUCUUCUACACGGACUUCAUGGGCGAGGUGGUGUUCCAGGGGGACCCGAAGGCACCGCACACGUCGGAAGCGUAUCAGAAGUACAACAGUGGCGUCACCAUGGGCUGCUGGGGCCUGUGCAUCUACGCCUUCAGUGCUGCCUUCUACUCAGCCAUCCUGGAGAAGCUGGAGGAGCAGCUCAGCAUCCGUACACUGUACUUCAUCGCCUAUCUUGCCUUCGGCCUGGGCACUGGGCUGGCCACGCUCUCCAGGAACCUCUACGUGGUCCUGUCCCUCUGCGUCACCUACGGCAUCCUCUUUUCCACGCUCUGCACCCUGCCCUACUCACUGCUCUGUGAUUACUAUCAGAGCAAGAAGUUUGCAGGAUCCAAUGCAGAUGGCACUCGGCGGGGCAUGGGCGUGGACAUCUCGCUGCUCAGCUGCCAGUACUUCUUGGCCCAGAUCCUGGUCUCCCUGGUCCUGGGGCCCCUGACUUCGGCUGUGGGCAGUGCCAACGGGGUGAUGUACUUCUCCAGCCUCGUAUCCUUCCUGGGCUGCUUGUAUUCCUCCCUGUUUGUCACAUAUGAAAUUCCUCCUGGUGAUGCGGCGGACGAGGAGCACCAGCCCCUUCUGCUGAAUGUCUGACAUCUGUCUCAACACUGGACUUGAGCAGGGGCUGCAGCUAGCUGGUCCCUAAGAAACCAAAGGCCUUGGGGGACGGUGGAAUGUAAAUAUGAGUAAAGAAGUAAGUGACAGCACCAAAGCCUGAGCUUCUAGUGACUCCCCGCAGGUGUGAAGCCACUGGGGACUUGAGCAGGGGAGGUUGCAAGACUCGAUGUUUCUCGAGCAGGGGUCGCUUUGCCACCCCU